AUGAAGAUAUACCACAUUAUUCAUUUGAAUCCUGUAAGCAGACCCGUCGGCUCGCAUGUUGGCAAGCCGACGACCGCAGCGACAUGGAUCCUUAUUGCGCUAGCUCUCUCCUACAGCUACCCUGCCAUUGCCACCGGAACAGAGGCAGACGCUCUUCGUCGCAGUGGAUGGUGGAUUGAUGCCAUCACGAGCAACACCUCCGCGUCACAUUGCACGUGGCGCGGCAUUUCGUGCGACCAUUCUGGUAGCGUCAUCGAAAUAAACAUGCCACUGGGACGCUGCUACGGCUGCUGGGUCGUAACUAAUUUGAGCAGCAUGAAUUUCUCUCUGCUCCCGAAUCUCGCCUCUCUUCAGGUACCCGAUAAUUUCCUCGUCGGCAUCAUUCCCCUUCAAAUAUGUGCAGUCCCAAAGCUCAGGCACCUCAACUUGUCGGAAAAUUACCUAACCGGUGAGUUACCUCUUUGUCUACAAAACCUCACCUUGCUAGAAGUUGUUGACAUUCAUAAUAAUCAAAUCACUAGUCCUAUCCCUCGUGAAUUGGGAAAUCUGAAGAAGCUUAUUCACCUAGAUCUUAGCUUCAAUUCCCUUGAUGGCCCUAUCCCUCCGGCUCUCGCGAAUUUGAGGAACUUGACUAAUCUCUAUUUGCAAGGAAAUGCCUUCAAUGGAUCUAUUCCUCCCGGAAUAGGGAACUUGAGAAAAUUGGCAUAUCUGAGUAUGGAAGAGAACAAAUUCACUGGAUGUAUCCAGUCCGAAAUAGGUAAUUUGAAGAGUCUCCCUCAUCUAGAUUUGAGCUUGAACAUCUUCUCCGGAAAUAUCCCUCAUGAACUUGAAGAUUUGGUCAUGUUAGGCUAUCUCAAUCUUGCGAACAAUUCUCUUCAAGGCUCAGUUCCCAAUUUCAGAAAGCUUUCCAACUUGGAUUACAUCGACUUAUCGUACAAUCAUCUCACGGGAAAAGUUCCAAGAAAUCUGUUCGACGUUGGUUAUAUGAAUUUGGAAGGCAAUGAAGGUUUGGAAUAUGCUGCCAUGGAAACAGAGGCAAAUGCUCUUCGUCGCAGUGGGUGGUGGCCUAACUUCCUUAAAAACAACGGUUCUUUAGCACAUUGCAUGUGGCCCGGCAUUUCAUGCGAUGAUUCUGGAAGCAUUGUCAAUAUAAACAUAACACAACAAGGCCAAUAUGGCUACGAUUUAGAAUGGGAUUUCAGCAGCAUGGAUUUCUCUCUGCUCUCAAAUCUGGUCUUUCUUGGACUGCAUGAUAGUCACUUCACUACUAUCUUUCCCCUUCAAAUAUGUGCACUCCCAAAGCUCAGGCACCUCAACUUGUCUCACAAUUACAUAACUGGUGAGUUCCCUCUUUGUCUCCAAUACCUCACCACGUUGGAAGUAAUUGACAUUCAUAGUAAUAGAAUCGAUGGUCCUAUCCCUCCCGAAUUGGGAAAUCUAAAGAGUUUGAUCCACCUGGAUCUGAGUCUCAAUAUGCUUUGGGGGACAAUCCCUCCGACUCUUGGUCAUAUAGAUUACAUUGACUUGUCGUAUAAUGAUCUCACGGGAAAAAUUCCAAAAAAUCUGGCCCAUGUUCCUUAUGGAUCUUUCAUAGGCAAUGAAGGUUUGCAAACGAUUGAUGGUUCGAGAAGAAUGUCGAGGGUUGAUGGUUCCAAAAGAAAGUCGAGGGCUGUACUUAUGGUGGUACUUAUACCAGUGAUGGUUAUAUCAUUCAUUUUCUAUUUGGUUUUGGGGAAUUUGAUCAUAUUUCGGCGUAGAAUGAAGAGCAUGCAAUCAGAGACAGUAGAAAAAAAUGGAGAUUUCUUGUCAAUAUGGAAUUAUGAUGGGAGAAUUGCAUAUGAAGAUAUAAUCAAUGCAACGGAAGACUUUGACAUCAAAUAUUGCAUUGGAACUGGUGGAUACAGUAGUGUCUAUAGAGCACAACUGCCCAAUGGGAAAAUCUUUGCAUUGAAAAAACUUCACCGUCUUGAAGCAGAGGAUCCAUCUUUGGACAAGAGCUUCCGAAAUGAAGUGAGGCACUUAACAGAAGUACGACAUAGAAGCAUAAUUAAGCUCCAUGGUUUUUGCUUACACAAGCGAUGCAUGUUCUUGAUUUAUGAGUACAUGGAAAGGGGAAGUCUAUUCUGUGUUUUGAGAGGUGACGUUGAAGCGGUGGACCUAGACUGGUCUAAAAGACUCCAGAUUGUCUGGGAUAUGGCACAUGCUUUGUCUUACCUGCACCAUGAUUGUGCUCGGCCAAUUGUUCAUCGAGACAUAUCUAGCAACAAUGUUUUGCUCGACAACAAAAUGCAGGCAUUCCUAUCAGAUUUCGGCACAGCAAGACUAGUAGAACCUAAUUUCUCAUCUAAUCUCACUGCAAAUAUCGCAGGUACUCGUGGAUAUAUAGCACCGGAGCUCGCUUACACUUUGGUCAUCAAUGAGAAAUGCGACGUAUAUAGCUUUGGAAUGGUAGCAAUGGAAACAAUAAUGGGUGAGCAUCCAGGUGAGAUCAUCUUAAUGUUGCCGGCACUCGUCACAGAAGAUAUUAUGCUACACCAAAUAUUGGACCCGCGCUUGCUAAUCCCAAGAGAGAAUUCCGUCGCAAGAAGUAUCGUUCUAGUAGUUUCUUUGGCGCUUGCUUGCUUGAGUAGCAAUCCAAAGUCACGGCCCACGAUGAAACAAGUUUCGGAGGCUUUUCUAGCUCCAAAACUAGUGUUGGCCAAGCCCUUCCAUUCAAUCUCACUCGCUCAGCUCCAGGGAAAUAAUCGAGGAGUAUGGUGCGAAGGUGGAUCAACGGAAAAUUCGUCAGGCCAGCAAGAAGAGCAGUCGGUUGAUAAAAUGAUGAUGCAAAUUGGUGAACGUGGUUGA